AUGGCGGACCACAUCAAACCAGAUGGUUGGAAAAUUGGAAAUUUGUGGCGCAACACGAGCGCGGAGCAGGUGCCGCCGCCGCCGCCGCCGCCGCCCGUAUCUGCUGGAGGCUUCCGGCGCGGCGCGGACAAGAGCACAGGUAGGCAGGCAGGCAGGGUCACCGGGUCAGAGGUCGCGCGUCCGUCCGCCCGCAUGCGGGGCGUCGUGACCCUCAGCGGCGCUCCUGCCCUCGUGGCCCCCGCAGUCGAUUAUCUGCCGCCGUGUGGCGCGGCCCGCGUCUGCACGAACGAACGACCGACCCACAACCGGCGCGGAGAGGAGCGCAUGGGAAGCAGCGCCGCCUCGCCGCCUCCAGCGGAGCCGCUUAAUUGGCAGGCUGGGACGGCAGCUUCCGGCCGGCUGGAGGCGGCGGGGGCAGGGGCGGGGGAGGCGACCACGCCCCACUGGACGCGAAUGCCGUCCCCGGCGCCGCGGCCCACGGCUGGCUGCGUGGCGUGCUGUCGGCGCCGGCGGCCGCUUCUUCCCACGACAGGAAAAGCUCCUCCUGUCGACGUGACGCGGACCGCCUCACGUGGCUUACGCGGUUGA